UCCAGCAGGUGGCGUUUUAUUCGCUCACUAAGCGAGGAGUUUCUGUAUGGAGGUUAUUGAGUGUCGAAUUUGGUAAACAAAAAAUGUAAUGGUUUAUUUGUUUCGUGUAGUUUCACAAUACUUAGGUUGUUACGAGUGUACGGAUUUAAGUAUACAUUUUGAGAGAAAAUACUUUAUGUCGAAGUUGUGCCUGUUAUCGCACUCGUAUCUGCCCUCUCAUUGGCUAGAAGGGUCCCACCUGAUCUUGCCUCCUCGACUUCCUUCCAUUUUUGAAGACAUUUAUUUUCAACGUUAGAGUGGCCAAUGGAGUGUCUGGACAAUAUAAUGGCUUAUCUGUGAUAUAAUAGACGAUAUUUCAUUUAGUUAAUUGACUGAACUAAACCAAGUAUGGACAGCGUUUAUGUACUUUACGGUUCCACGUUUUUAUUUUCCUUCAAUCAGAGGGGUGUUUUGUAUGAUUGACAAACCUCAUGAGAAUAUUUCAUCGUAGUGGUUUAUAGGAGGGUCCAAUUUAUUUUCCACUAACUACUCCCGGAAGAUAAACCUAAACAUUAGAAAAUGCUGUAGCCACUUCGUAACCAACUUCCAAUAAAAACACAGUAUUAUUCAUGAUAUGGAUUUUACAGAUACAUUUUUUUGGGUGACCAAUCCUCUGAUUCAGGCUCAUCUCACGCUUGACCAGAACUUGCCAGUGUCACGGUUAACGUACACCCUCCAGGCGGCCACCCCUCACUUAAAUGAGAAUGUCUCUGGCCCAGAGAGUCCUACUGUCAUGGACCUUCACCCUCAUAUUCCUCAUCAUGCUGGUCCUCAAACUGGACUCCAAGAUCCACUGGAACUGGUUCCUCAUCUUCUUCCCUGUAUGGACAUUUGACACCAUUCUCAUCCUCAUGCUGGUGGUGAAGAUGGCGGGUCGGUGCAAGCCUGGCUAUGACCCACGGGACGACCAGCAGAACCUGCGGCAGAGGGUGUUGUACCUGGUGGCAAUGCUGCUGAAACUGGGCUUCUGUCUGACGCUGUGCGCCCGGUUGGAGAGGCUGACGGACAUCUGGCUCAGUGUGGUGGACUGAAGUCAAGACUGGGACUAUUCCACAGCUGAUCCAUAGCUGAUUUGUUAUUGCUCAGCUAUAAUUAAAAACAUUUGCAUCUGACUGGGAGCGUGCAGAAACUUUUUCCUGUUUCUUCAGAAAAUGUUACAAAAAUACAUUUACUCGAAGAACAAUGCAAAUGCAAAGUUUGGUAACUGAAUGACAUUUUGUGCUGUUUACUGUCAUUUUGUUAACAAACUUUUCAUUGUUUUUCAAAUAUAUGUGUGGGACUCAAUUGAUGCUCCAGUGAAUAAUUUUUCUGCCGUGUGAUAUUUGAGACUUGUUGGUUGAGAAUUCAGAGAAUUCGUAAGCAGACUCGAACCCUUGCUCUCCAGACAGACUGACUGGUCUGUGCAUGUGCCUGUGUUAUUCUCUGAUAACUGGGACCGUUAGGUCCAAUGGGUUUAUAUGUGAACAUUGGUAUUGAAUAUGUUUCUUUUAAGUGUGAUAGGGAUAUGUUUUCCCCUGGAGACCAUGAAGAAACACACAAACCAUAAAAUGUCUCUACUUUGCUGAAGUUUUCAAAUAUCUGCCUGGGUUGGAUUGGUGAAAGCAGAAUGACUGAUUAUACAACAGUAUGUCCCUGCAUUCAUUUAUCCAAUCACAUGCAGAUCAGUGACUACCUCAAAGAAGGGAGAAGGUGUACAUUUUCUAUGGUUUGGAACACGGCUCAGUGUGAAAUGAAGUGAAUUACAUAACUGGUAAUCUGACCCAAUCCAGAGAGUAUGGAGGGAGGGAUUGCCUGCCCUCCGGGGUGUUGUAACUGUAGGUCUUGGUGACUCAGGGACAGGACUUGUACUGUUACUGGGGUCGUUCCACAAAAUGAGUGCCUUUUGCGUUCCUUUGAUAUUUUAAGUAGACAUUUUCAAAGCCUGAAAUUAAAGACUGUUAUAUUCAA